AUGGCAGCCCUCAUCUUGCCCCCCAAGUGGGGGAGAAAGUCGAACACCGAAGACCUCCGACUAACCUUCUGCGAAAAUGGCAAACCCUUCGUCCAUUAUCCCGGUGAAGAGGCAGAGAGCAAUGACGAGCUUGCAGAUGAUGAGGGCAGCAUUCAGAUGGACCUGAGCGAGCACGAUGUGUCCAACGGUGCAUCCGAUGCGCGUGCCGAUGACAUGCGGAUGACCGAGGGCCGGGCCGAUGACUAUGACGAGGAGGAUGAAAGCGACGAGGACGAGGGGAGACGGACUGAUCCAGAUUAUGUGGAGGAAGAUGAUGAGGGGGAGGAAAGCGACGAAUACGAAGAGAAGGUGCACUCUUGCAAAAGAGUGAAAAAAACAACCAACAUCCAACAACACGACAGCCAUCCGGGGCCAACCGAGGAAUGGGACACUUCCGAGGAACAAGGAAUAUUGAGUGCUCCCAGUGGUACUUCCCGCAGGCGCGUCCGUUUGGUGCCUGGAGGUGCCAGAUCGUCCUCCGACACCACUUACAGCGACGAUGGCUCCGACAGUGCGCUAUCUUCGCGGUCCAUCUCAGACUGGAGUAUGGAUGUAUACGACUAG